AUGAAAAGUAAAGAUUUACAAACGCUCGUAUUUUCUAAGUACCAAAAUGGCGAUGGAUCGCAAAACAUUUUUGAAGAUCUCAGUGGUUCCGCUAGUCUUCCGACCAUUGAACGAUGGUGCAGGAGCAUUCGACAGACUGGCUGUAUCCCUCUGUCCAAAUCAACCGGUCGUCCAAAAACAAUCCGAACGAAGGCAGUCAUUCAAAAGAUCAAGCAUCGGCUGAAUAAGCGAAAGUCUGUCUCAUCUCGGAAAUUAGCCCGUGAAUUGAGUAUUUCUCGAACGAGUGUACGGAGAAUACUCAAGGAUGAUCUAGGACUCCAUGCCUACAAAGUGCAAAAUGAACCAAUGCUCACUGGUGAGCAUAAAGAAAAAAUAAUCCAAUUUGCUAAUUGGAUACGAAACAACUUCCGAAAAGAAGACACGAUGAGAAUUCUGUUUUCUGACGAGAAGAUGUUCGACAUUGAUGGAGUUUAUAACUCUCAAAAUGAUCGUAUCUGGGCGGUUGAUCGUUCAGAAGCCGAUAUCAAAGGUGGUAAUCGGCAAAAACGUAAAUUUCCGCAAAAGAUUAUGAUUUGGCUCGGAGUUUGUUCUAAAGGUGUAUCACCUUUAGUGAUUUUCGAGAAUGGGACAGCCGAUCAUGAUCGAUACAUCAAAGAAGUGCUUCCGAUCGCUCUCAAGUUCGGCAAUGACAUGUUCGGGAACGAUGGGACCUUCCAACAAGAUGGUGCAAGACCACACACUCAUGCAAAAUCGCAAGAAUGGUGUGCUAAGCACUUUCCGUCGUUCAUUGACAAGGACCAUUGGCCUCCAAAUAGUCCAGACUUGAACCCAUUGGAUUACUGCAUUUGGAACGAAUUCGCUCAACUAGUCAAGUGGGAUACGGUGACAUCUAAAACAACAUUGAUCACUGCCCUAAAACGUGCUGUUCGUGAAAUUUCUCAAGAUGUAGUUGAGAAAAGUUGUGCUUCUUGGACAAAUCGAUUACAUCGAUUGUCUCAAGACAAAGGAAAUUAUAUCAGAUAA